CCCGAUGACCCCGUCAUUCUGGGGGGGCCCGUGAUCAGCCUGCGGGCAGGGGACCCCCUCAACCUCACCUGCCACGCAGACAAUGCCAAGCCCGCGGCCUCCAUCAUCUGGCUUCGCAAGGGAGAGGUCAUCAACGGAGCCACCUACUCCAAGACCCUGCUUCGCGAUGGCAAGCGCGAAAGCAUCGUCAGCACACUCUUCAUCUCCCCUGGAGACGUGGAGAAUGGCCAGAGCAUCGUGUGCCGUGCCACCAACAAAGCCAUCCCUGGAGGGAAGGAGACCUCGGUCACCAUCGACAUCCAGCAUCCCCCGCUUGUCAACCUGUCUGUGGAACCACAGCCAGUGCUGGAGGACAAUGUCGUAACAUUCCACUGCUCUGCAAAGGCCAACCCAGCUGUCACCCAGUACAGGUGGGCCAAGCGGGGCCAGAUCAUCAAGGAGGCAUCGGGAGAAGUGUAUAGGACCACUGUGGACUACACGUAUUUCUCAGAGCCUGUCUCCUGCGAGGUGACCAAUGCUUUGGGCAGCACCAACCUCAGCCGAACAGUCGAUGUCUAUUUUGGGCCCCGGAUGACCACGGAGCCCCAGUCUCUGCUCGUGGAUCUGGGCUCUGACGCUGUCUUCAGCUGCUCCUGGACCGGCAACCCAUCCCUGACCAUCGUCUGGAUGAAGCGGGGCUCCGGUGUGGUUCUGAGCAAUGAAAAGACCCUCACCCUCAAAUCCGUCCGCCAGGAGGAUGCUGGAAAGUACGUGUGCAGGGCUGUGGUGCCUCGGGUAGGAGCCGGAGAGCGAGAGGUGACCCUGACUGUCAACGGACCUCCCAUCAUCUCCAGCACCCAGACACAGCAUGCCCUCCACGGGGAGAAAGGCCAGAUCAAGUGCUUCAUCCGGAGCACGCCGCCGCCGGACCGCAUCGCCUGGUCCUGGAAGGAAAAUGUGCUAGAGUCGGGGACAUCGGGGCGCUACACCGUGGAGACCAUCAGCACCGAGGAGGGGGUCAUCUCUACCCUGACCAUCAGCAACAUCGUGCGGGCUGACUUCCAGACCAUCUACAACUGCACUGCCUGGAACAGCUUCGGCUCUGACACAGAGAUCAUCCGGCUCAAGGAGCAAGGUUCGGAAAUGAAGUCGGGAGCCGGGCUGGAAGCAGAGUCCGUGCCAAUGGCUGUCAUCAUCGGGGUGGCCGUAGGAGCUGGCGUGGCCUUCCUCGUCCUCAUGGCAACCAUUGUGGCCUUCUGCUGUGCCCGUUCCCAGAGAAGUACGGGAGGGAGACCCGGGAUCUCAGGGAGGGGGACAGAGAAAAAGACCAGGCUUAGGCUGCCCUGGAGAGCAAGUAAGCAGGAAUACAAUGAACAGGGGUCCUCACAGUGCUGUGAGCUCCUGGGGCAGGGAUCAGGUGUGAUGCACCGUUCUAUGUGUGUGCCUUGCGUGGCAUCCGGCACAGAGCGGACACUCAGCUGAUGCUGAACUGGACUAGACCAACCUUCAUCCAGGCAGGGCAGUCAGACAGCCUUUGGUUUGAACACAUACAGCACUCUCAAUCAGGAACUGUAUAGAAAUCCAGGGGAAGAAAGAGGUGAUUUGAUCUUUUGCUCUCCAAGAGCUGUUA